GCAACCGAUUCUUUUUAGUCGUUGCACGGAAGCCCUUGCUGGUUUCCAGUGGCAACGCGGAUUGGUUGUUGCGGCUACCUUAAAUAAAGAUACUCCGCACAAUGACAAGUGAAACUGAGCCAAGUGAAAGACAAAAUGUGUCUAGAAACUAUGAAGAUGAGUCUUUUGAGUCAUGGCCAAGUUCCAACAGCAGCACCACUGUGAAAUAUCCUGGAGACUCGCUUGAUCCCUGCUCUGUUGAAUCUGGAAGGGCAGAGAGUUACAGCAGCAGCGAGUCAUUUGAAUCAUACUGCUCUCAUGAGGAGUUCAGUCCACAGACUGAGAGUAGACCAGCUUCUUCUGUAAAGGAAUACCAAGAUGAGGAGUUUGAGUCCUGUGACGAUGCAGGGAUCACAGCAGAGGAAGAGCUUGCAGAAAAAUGGAUGCGAGUUCUGAAGAAUAAAGACUCCUUUUCGACUGUGAGCCAGGCAAGGAGAUCAAACGCUCCUCCCCAAAGAGAUGUUCUGGAGUUUUGCUCGGAAGAGUCGAAAGCUAUGAAAUCUUAUUGCAGGGAGAAGAUCAGAAAAAUGGGAUGUUGGCAGAAACAAUCCGAGUGCUGCAGGCCCAGGGAGCAGCAGCAGUCUCUACCAGGUUCAGAGCAGCGAGAGACAACAUUAAACUGCAGGAUCCCUGAGGAACUAGUUAACAGGUUACAGCUAAAACACAUCAUGGAGCUAGUGAAGCAGGCAGCAGAAGUGGAGAUACACCAGCCGUCAAUGUGCAGUACCUGUAUUUCUAAAAGAGCAGAACUAGCGAGAGAGAGCUUUAUUCAAAUAAAGAAGACCCAACUGGAGUCUGUAUUGCUGCAAGAGAAGCUUGAAGAAAAUAUCUACAACAGAGAUCCUAUCUGCCUGGUCGGAGAAGUACUGAAAGACCUUCCGAAACUUUCUGAUGACCACAGCAAGAUCUGGCAUGCACUGAUCAAAAAGGAGCAAGUGGCGUGAUGCUAAAGAAAGGUUACGUGUUUGAAACAAACAGCUCUUUGGCAACCAUUCCAUUCACUAUGCAUUAAAGAAUGAGAACAACAUCUAUUUUGUACUAAUUUGCACGUCAACCCUAACCCAAGACCUGCUGCCUGGUAAACAAAGAAACCAGCAAGGCUUAUUCAGGACAGUACUACAAUACUUGUAUGUGUUGCAAAGACAAUUUCUUAAACAUGUUUUUUUUUUUUUUUUUUGUGCCAAAAGUUUUGAAAGUUGUAGUUUUAUUUCCAUUGCUGUACCGUAAUGAGCUUUGUGAGCACUGUGCACAUGUCAGAGGGUUUGUUUGAGAGGUUCUGAUGCAGCUGCUUAAACUUUCAGCAGGUUAUUAGAUUAAGAACAUUGCCUUUAUAAAAGGUGCCUAAAUAUAGCUCUAAAUGGGAUGGUCUCCUAAAGUUAAUGCUGUCAUGUAAUGAAACCCAGUUAAGCUACAAAUGUAUUUAGUGUAAUUUUAAAUGGACCUUAGAUGGUGAAGCUGAGCCUAAAAGAAGUUAAUAAUGGAUUUUGAGACAGUGCAUUAAAUGCCAGUUGCCCAUAUAAUGAAAUAAUAAAGUUGGAUAAUGGCUUGUUUAUUUAACUUUAUUAAAGUAAAGUGUAUCAUCAAAAGUACCGGUAAAUACUUCAUUCUGCUGUGUGGUUCAACAAAUCAAGUUUGCUGUUAAGUGCAGAAAGGAAAUAUAUUGUGUUUGUAGCCCAAAAGAUUUACAAUAACAAAAGUGUUUUAAAUCGGUAACUUAAAAAAAAAAAUUUAAAACAAGUAAUUCGGAACCAUCCGUAGUAGAAACUGUAAAUUGAUGCCAUUAUUGAUAAAUCUUACAUUUUUCCAGUUUGUCAUUGUGACAGAGAAACUGAUUUAGUUGUGUUAUGAUCCAUGUGCAUAAAUAACGUGCCUGUCCUGUUUAAACUCAAAGGCAGAGUAAAGAGCCAGGCAGCAGCAAACUGAUUUAAAGUCAGUUAUGUAAUGAAUUAGCAUUCGCAGAGGAAUAAAUCACACAUUUAUGUUGAUAUAAAGACUAUAUCAGCUGUUAGAAAAGGCCUGUACAUUUUUAAAGGUGUGUGUUGAGGUUUUGUUAUUAGAGUAGGGUGUUUAGCUGUUGCGUAAUGAUCAUUUUAAAUGAACUGUAUGCAGAGCAUAGCCCUCCAGCUUGAUGAGGGGCUAUUGCAAGAACCAUAAUCUUUAAAAAAAAAAAAAUAAUAAUAAUAUUCUCUGUGGGGUAUGUCUUUGAGAAUGGACCUUGAAUUACUCACCAGGCAACUGCGUUUUAAUAUAAUAUCCAGUCCAUUAUUAGCCAGUAUUGUCCCUGGAGUGAACUAUUUGAUCAUUUUAAGUAUGAAAGUUCUGAGGUAAGUAAUGAUUAUUAAACUGCAUUCCAAGAGAUCACUUUUGUGAUUUGUAAUAUUUGAAUAUGCCAGAUGUUAAAAGACAGGACUUCAGUAGAACAUGUUUUAUUGCAUUGUAUUACUUUUUUUUUUUUUUUUUAAUAUAAAUUCCCUAUGAUUUUGAUUCUUGUGUAACUUACUACAGUGCAGUCUCCUGCUGCUUCACGUUCUGUUUGUUUGCUUGUUUGUUCUUGUGAAUUUGUGUCUGUAAAGAAUUCAUUAUCUCAACAAUCUAUACCAUCCUAAACCCCAGAGACCCAAUUCUAUUUUAGUCAAACAGCGCUCUGCACUCUGACAGAGGAGGAGGUACUGAAGGAUUGAAGAAACAGAACCAGCAAGCAAUUGAUUGAAUAAAAGGAUCCUAGAAAUACACUGAAAACUUAUUGCAACUUUCUUAAAUAAGACUUUAAAGGAAGACUAUAACGUUAUUGGCUGUAUUUAUAAAUACAUUUCCUGAUGACUCCAGUAAAUGAAGGUAGAACAUUUUUGUAGAUGUCAUAAUAAUGUAUCACUUUGCACAUCUUUUUUUCAGUAAAAAAAACAA